AUGGCCAUGGCGGCGGAACCUAUGUGCAAGCCCAGCGGCGGCGGUGGUUCGAGCAGCGAAAACCGAGAUACCUCGACAUCCACCGUAAUUUCCUCCAUGAUCCUCGCCAUUAUUAUGGCGGCGAUUUUUUUCCCCUUGUUCCUCAUGUUCCGUCCGCGCUUUAGGAACAUCUACCGGCCCCGUACCUACCUUUCUAAGCCCCCGUCGCGCAACGUGACGCCGCUUUCGGACGGCCUUGUCUCCUGGAUCCCCCAGUACUUUAGGAUUCCUGACUCGGAAAUUCUGCGUGCCAAUGGCCUAGAUGCUUACAUGUUUUUGAGCUAUUUGAACAUGAUGCUUUGGAUUUUCGUGCCGAUCGCGAUUUUUACUUGGAUUGUACUUCUCCCACUGUACGCCGCGCGCAACUUUGGCGAUCCAAACAAUCCAGACAAGCCUGGCUCUGACCCCAGCAUGGGUUUCAACAUGUUUACGUUCGGUAAGAUUAUUGCGACGGACCCCCAGAACCAGAAGCGUGCCGCAGGUGCAUUAAUUGUGCAUUACAUUUGCACCGCAUGGAUUCUGUUGAACUUGCACUGGCGUAUGAAGCACUUUAUACAGCUUCGCCAAGAGUUUCUCAUUUCGCGCUCACACCGCAACCUGCCCAUGGCCCGCACUUUGCUUGUCACCGGCGUGCCGAACGAGUACUUGAGCGAGACCAAGCUCACGCAGAUUUACAACCAGCUUCCCGGUGGUGUCCAGAAGGUGUGGAUCAACCGUGAUUUGAAGGAGCUUCCCAAGCUCGUUGAGGAGCGUGACAAGACCUCCCUCAAGCUCGAGGGUGCAGUUGCCAAGGUGGUCAAGACUGCGGCCAAGCUGCAGCGCAAAGGCAAGAUUGACACGCCCAACAUGGACCCAAACAGCGUGCCGAGCCUGGAAUCUGCACUGCAAUUUUUGCCCGAGAAGAAGCGUCCCCACCACCGCCUGGGCAAGAUCCCUUGCUGUGGCGAAAAGGUUGACACUAUCACUUACUGCCGUUCUGAACUCCAGCGCAUGAACCAGGAAAUUACUGGCCUGCGCCAGCAGGCUGUGAACGACUACGAGACGUUCCCACCGCAGAGCAGUGCUUUCCUCAUGUUCAACACCCAGCUGUCUGCUCACCUUGCGGCCAACUCGAUUGCCUGCCAUGAACCCUACCGCAUGGCGAACCGCUACGUGGAAAUGAACCCUGAAGAUGUGAUCUGGUCGAACCUUAACUUGAACCCCUAUGAGCAAAAGAUCCGCUCACUCUUGUCUUGGGUUGCCACUUGGGCUACGGUUAUCUUUUGGUGUAUUCCUGUGGCUAUCGUUUCUGCGCUGGCACAAUACGAUAAGCUCGUGUCUAUUCCAUUCAUGACCUGGGUCUCGUGCAUUCCCUCUGUUCCCACCGGUAUCAUCAAGACUGUUUUGCCCACUGCUGCUUUGGCCAUCCUUAAUUCGCUUCUGCCUCCGUGGCUGCGCUACCUUUCGAGGCUGGGCGGUAUCCCAACCAAGAACAGGGUGGAGCUUAGCACCAUGACGCGCUUCUUCAUCUUCCAGGUCAUUCAGAACUUCCUCUUCUUGACCAUCGUCCAAGGUAUUGUUCAGAACGAGCAAAAGUUUAUCAAUUCGAUCAGCGACCCGUCUGCAUUUGUCACGCAAAUCUCCAACGCUAUCCCACCAGCAUCGACCUUCUUCCUGCAGAUGAUCAUGCUCUACGGUCUCGGUGCUGCGCCUGGUAUGCUCCUAAUGAUUGCGCCUUUGAUCGUGUACUACAUCAAGAUCUAUUUGCUUGGCUCUACGCCCCGUAAGGUGUGGCACUUGAAGAACGAUAUGGGCGCACCGGCCUGGGCUACCCUGUUUGGUGGUUUCAUGCUUUUCGUCGUUAUUGGUCUUGGUUACAUGAUUCUGCAGCCCAUUGUGAGUGGCUUUGCCGCCUUCUCAACGCUUUUGCUUUAUUUCGCAUACCGCUAUCUUUUCUUGUACGUGUUCGACUGCAAGCCGCAAAACGAAACGGGUGGUCUUUUCUUUGUCAAGGCUAUCAGCUUCACCUUUAUUGGUCUCUACGUGAGUACCGUUGUGGUCGCGCUCAUGUACUUCUUCAACUCCGGCUCUAAUACGGCGUUUGUCGCGUUUGGUGUGCUGACAAUCUUGCUUUUGGUGAUCCAGAUUGCACACCAUUACUUCCUGAUGAACUCCUACGGUCCUUUGCUCUACGGAGUCCCACUUGACCUAGUGCUUGCUUCGCAGAAUGCGGACAAGGCCGAGUUUGGAAGCGAUCCCCAGCACAUGCAGCCUCAGCAGACCAUGCUUCAGCAGCAACUGCCGGAGAAGGACGCGUACUACAUGAACAGCCAAGGCGAGAUGGUUUGUGCACCGCAAGCACAGGGCCAUGUGGUGCAGAUGGAAGAGCCAAAGCAGCUGGGCAACAAGACGGAGAACCAAGAGAUGCACGAUGCUUUCCUCAACCCUGCGCAAAUCUCCAAGCAAGUGGUGCAGUGGUACCCCAACGACAACUUGGGCAUUGGCCGUGCCGAGGCCGCUGCAGACUACAAAGCUGGCUACAAAGCAACUGUCAACCACGCGUACGUCACCGAGAAGGGCAAGAUUGAUGAGGACGCCGAGUAUCUCCCCGGUACUGGUAGUGCUUAG